CCGAGCUCUCCUCAUUGUUGUCUCUCCUCUCAUUUUAACAAUAAAAAUCCCACAAACGCUCGUCCACACGCAGUCAACAAUUUUCAUAAGCAACAAACACAGUUAAAUCCCGAUAGUUGCAAUAAACUCUACUAGAUUCAGUGUAUUUUCCGUAAACAUUUUGCCAUCCUCUGACAUAACCUCUCUCCACCCACCGGUGUAACCUCUCCACUUCGUCGUUCAAUGAUAUUCUUCAGCAAUCAAAGGCGGCCGAGCCCCCAAAAACCAACAUCUUCCCCCAAAUAGCCUCCCCUCACGGCAAUAAUGAACGACCCAACGACCUUGAAACGCCCGAAACCGGGCGAUGGCGAGGAAGAGCUCUUCCGCAUGCAGGAGGAGUUCCUGCAGUCCCGAGAGGCGCCCUCUGCCAAAGUCAUAAAUUUACGCGGCAAAGCCCUCCCCCCCUCCGAGCCCCCCAAAUUCAGAUCAAAAUUCGCGGAACGUAGGGCAAUGCGCGAGAAAUCAAACGUCUCGACGUCUAGAUCGACGGGAGCCAUGAUCAACCCCUCCCUCGAGGAGAAAAUCGUGGAGGAUCCACUGGACCCAGCGCAGAAGGUCCCCUCGACUCCGGCGAUAAUCUUGGGGAACAUAAUCGAGAAGAAAUUCGCGGGUCCCCCUGGCACCCCCAGAACCCCAACAGAGCCCUCCUCGGAGGCCACCGGCUUUCCGGAGGUCUUCCUGGUGAGAAAAACCCCGAAAACCGAAACCUCGGGCAGUCUUUUUCACCAGAACAUCAAGCCCUCGCUAGAGUCCCCCAUUAACUCUGCGAGAGUUCCCGGAGAUAGUGAGGAAUCAGGGAGUGCUCUAGUGCGCGGUCCCCUGUCCUCGGAGAUCCACAAAGAGAACUUAGAGAAACUGAACAAAAUGACGCAGGAGGAGAUCCUCCAGGAGAAGGCUCGGCUGGAGAGUCUGCUAAGUCCAGACGUCAUAAAGUUCAUAAAAGCUAUGAAGAACUCCUCCAUGCAAUCGAGAAUCUCCCCGAAAGCCCCAUCAGCCCCAUCGGGAGUGGACCCUAAUGCCCCAUCGAGAAUAGUUCAGAACGAGGAAGUAAAGAUGGAGACAGACUCGUCAGUCCCUCCACCGCUUCCAGUCUCUAAAAUCCUGGAAGAAGCCUCGGAGAACCGUUGGGUGCACAUGGACGAUGUGGAGCCUCCAAAGCUAGAGUGGAUGAAGGACCUGGAGCCCAGCGAGUCCCCAGGUCCUUCCCCAGAGGAGCCUUACAACGCCAGAUUCUCCUUCGAGGGUCUUCUCCUCCCUUUCAAAGACGAUUCCAUCCCGAUGGACCAGGGCCUCCACCACCACGGAGAAGAGCCGGAGCGUCCCGGGUACUCCCUCCAGGAGCUCCUCCAACUGAGUCGUUCAUCGACGCAACAGCAACGCUGCACCGCCCUGACGACAAUCGCCAACAUCAUGGAGAAGAGCAGAAGUGGAUGGUACGACAAGGUCUUGGAGCCCGCCCCCUUGGUAGCGUUAAACUCCAGGAACAUUCUCCUCCUCCUGCGGUUCUCGAUCGACGACACGUCAGUAGCUGUCGUCACAGCGGCGCUGCAAGCUCUGCGGACGUUCCUGUACAGCGAAGCUGACGAGAUCUCCCUGGACAGACUCUCCAACUGGAGGUACAAUGACGGAAGAUGCCGAGUGCCUGAUCUAUCCCCGAAGACAGAUGUCGAGGACUUCAGCAGCCUCAAAGAUCACGAAUUAGCGCAAAUUGACUGUGUGUCAGCAGCUGUGAGGUCAGACAUCCUCAUCAGACUGAGGUACAUCCUCAGUGAGAUGCGGCCGACGCCUGUUGGGGUGACCGCAGCCUUGGAGGUCCUCAUAAGGAUCUCGAGACACUCGAAGACGACAGCUUUGAACAUCGCCUGCACGCCGAACCUCUUGUCCAUCAUUGUAAGACACUUUGUGCCGCUGACCACUGAUAGGUUGAUGAACCUGGAGGACCUGAAGACAGCUUACGAUGCUCCUAACGUCACAGCCCUUCGUCUCCUGAGGAUUCUUGUGGAAUACGGAGGAAAACCGGUGGCCGAUCGUCUUCACGACCUCAAGAUAGUCAACUCUUUGUUGUCUUACGUGACAAGCGAACCUGGUGAGGCAGGCCUCCGUCUGUCGAUAGAGGCCCUCCGCCUCUGGAAGACUCUCCUAUCCCAGGGGGUCUCCUCAGAGACAGUCGGAGGAGCGAGAUUGAUUCUGGGCUCCCACCUUCAACUUCUCCUAACCAAUCACGAUCUUCAGGCCUCUGAACUAGCUUCAGAACACGCAGCAGGACUGGUCGCAGUCGCCAAUUAUGAACCGACACUUCAACCGGUGCUAGCUACAUUGUUAGCCAAAUGGAGUACACAGUUGAGGAAUCUCUCAUCUCCCACUUGGAGCAGCACAAACUUAGUGUCAACCACAUUAACUUCCGUGAAGGACAUCUCUUCCUUCAGAACGGAAUGGGUCAAUAACCCCAAGAUCUUUGAAGGAAUAAUCCUAGCUUCGAAUCUCCUCAGUGGGCGGACGACAGCCCUUAGAAACCCUGAAUCCCUUCCCGCUCUAGGAGUUCUAACCGAAAGAGGAGAGGUACAACCGAUUGUUGCCUUCAACUCCUGCACUCUCUUCCUUUCCACUGCCAUCAAUCUCCUUUACAACCACUCGAUGACGAACGAGUUGAUGAUCAUCCUGAGUAAUCCGUACGUCAUGAAGUACCUCAGGAGACUCAGCACCAGUGACUGGUCAUUGGGAAACAGCUGGUUCACCAGACCAGAGCUGUAUCUCCUGACGGGACUCAUCAAGGCGAUGAAGGUCCUCCCAAAUGGCUUGCCUCCGGUGACUGCCUUGAAGAUCGGGAUGAAGCUGCUGUCGACGUUACCUGCAGACGCCCCAGGACCAGCGAAGGAUCUCCUGAAGCUGCUGAUAUCCAACGAAAGACUGAACAUGGCCAAUUUGUCGCAGGAGUUGAACUCUCUGAAGUUGACAGGAGAUCGUGAAGAGGGCUUUCAGUUGCCGAGUGAUGUUUCAGCGAUCUACGAAGGGUUUAUCAACCCUGGAUCAUGGGACCAACCAGUCCUUCCUAGGGACUGGCCCUACCUGCCCCUAGUCGCGUCCUACACGCGUCAUAAAGAAGAGAUCAAAUGGGAGGAAACCGACACCCUGAGGAUCAUUACGUUGUUGAGUCUGGAGGUAGCCAUGCCGGAGCUGUUCGACGACCUCUCGCCGACGUUACGGUUCUCCAGGCUGAUCCUGAUAUACCUCUGCGACGGGAUUCACUUGGAUCAGAACGUCUCAGUUCUUCUGAAGAAGGUGAUUCCGACCUUCUUGGCGAAAUUUUACAAGCGUCUAGACUUCUCCAACGACGUUCCCGGGGUGACUUCCUUCCCGGAUUUAUUCGCAGCUUUGUGCGAGGGCUUCUGCGCGAAUUCUUACGGAGAUGAUGGGUUUGCCGCGGCGGUGAUGGCGUUCGUUGCGCAGAGGCAUGACAAGUAUUACAGGAAGAUCCUGUGGUCCGAGCACGCGGGGGCUCUGAGGUACAUCAGACUGACCCCGCAGACGCUUCCGAUUCCUAUUGAGGAGUAUGUAAACCCUGGGGAGGAUGAUAUGAGUCUUAUCGAGGUGUAUCUGACGGCGCUCGUCAGGGGGACGGUAAAGGAGGAGUGGAGCCCGUUGAUGUACACGAUCGCGGUCUAUCAGUCUGGGAGGUUCUUGCGAGGGGAGGGAGGCCUGCAGAGGAGGAUGAGGGAGAGGGUACGAGGGAUAAAGGAUAAAAAGCUUAUGGAGAGGCUCCUGGAGGGGGCGAAGGUGUGAUGGACAUGGAUUAUUCUUUCGGGAGGCUUUGAUCUUAAAUGCGGGGGAUAGCUGGGGGGAAUGGAGGGUUCUCCUUGAUGGGGUAUUCAUUUUGGAGGUGGGGAAGGAUCCUCUUGGUGUAAUGAAGAAGUAUUUGAAUAUGUGAACGAGACUUUUCCUUUGACGAUGUGAAAUUUGGACCAGAACGUCCCAGUUCCCCUGAAGAAGGUGAGUCCGACCUUCUUGAAGAAACUUCACACGCGUCUGGACUUCUCCAACGAAAUCCCCGUUUUUCGUCCGAGGGGUAUCUGACGGCGGUCGUCAGGGGGGCGGUAAAGGAGGAGUGGAGCCCGUUGAUGUACACGAUCGCGGUCUAUCAGUCUGGGAGGUUCUUGCGAGGGGAGGGAGGCCUGCAGAGGAGGAUGAGGGAGAGGGUACGAGGGAUAAAGGAUAAAGAGCUCAUGGAGAGGCUCUUGGAGGGGGCGAAGGUGUGAUGGACAUGGAUUAUUCUUUCGGGAGGCUUUGAUCUUAAAUGCGAGGGAUAGCUGGGGGAAUGGAGGGUUCUCCUUGAUGGGGUAUUGAUUUUGAAAGUGGAGAAAGAACAUCCUUACCCUUUGGUGUAAUGAAGAAGGAUUUGAAGAUGUGAAUGCGAAUUUCUUUGAUGACGUAGAAUUGAAGCCUCAUCUCUUUUCACCGAUUAAAAUCCUCAAUUUGCUUUGAGAAUCAUGAAAAUAGGUCGCUAAUGAGUGGUUCUAGCGCGAAAUGUUGACGAAGCUUUUUUGCAGUUGAUGAAAGUCUCCGCAAAAAAGGUCUUUUGACAUUUUCCUCUAGAACCACUUGUUCCCCAGAUUAUUUUCCACUUUGUAAAGGAGCAAUUCAACUCGAUUGAAUGAAAAUAAUGGAUCGCCUGGAGGCGAAAAUUACUCUCGGAGUGCACCAGACAGCUAUAAAAAUACAAUUUCCGAGAGAAAGGGAUUUCCUCGAAUAACAGAGUCCAGGGGUAAAAUGAAAACCUCAAGUUAUCAAUUUCAAUACCGAAAUGUACAUUACUUUAUUUACGUAUUCACAUCUCACUUGAAUAUGUGUAAAUACUGAUGAAAUAUGGCGAGUGUAUCCCUGUUUAUAAACAUAAUAAAUACAAAAAA